CUCAAAUUGUGGAGAAAUCAGAAGCCGAGUAACCGACACAUCUUCCUCCGCUGAUCUCAGUAACACCUUCUCCACUGCCAUUGUCCCACAUGGGUUUGACAGAGGAAGGAUCUGUGACUGCAUUUUUUGAUGAGAGAGAGAGAGAGCAAUUGAAGUCAAACCCAUUUUUCCUAGUGCUUCCAGCUAUAUAAGCACUGCCACUGGUGGUUCCAAAUGCUUCCAGAAACGACGGCGUCGGACCGCCGGCGAGUCUUCUCUUGCCGGCGGCGGUGGCAAGUCGUUUGGUGAGGGCAUUGGGGAUGCGGCGUCGGAGACCAAUCUCAUGACUCGACUUGGCUUCAACCUCUUGCGAUAUCUCGGGGUUGGCUACAGAUGCAUCACAAGAUUACUUGCCAUUGGCUGUUAUGCUUUCCUAAUUUUCCCUGGUUUUAUUCAAGUUGCGUUUUACUAUUUCUUCUCAAGGCAAGUCCGUAGAGGUAUAGUUUAUGGUGAUCAACCAAGAAAUAGGCUGGAUCUGUAUUUACCUAAAAAUACUGAUGGCCCGAAGCCAGUUGUUGCAUUUGUAACAGGUGGAGCCUGGAUAAUUGGUUAUAAAGCAUGGGGUUGUCUUUUUGGGAAACAGUUAUCAGAAAGAGACAUUAUAGUGGCCUGCAUAGAUUACAGAAAUUUCCCUCAGGGGACUAUGAGUGAUAUGAUAAAGGACUCUUCUGAAGGUAUCUCAUUUGUGUGCAAUCAUAUUGCUGAAUAUGGAGGUGAUCCCAACAGGAUUUAUUUAAUGGGACAGUCAGCUGGUGCCCAUAUUGCUGCUUGUUCUCUCUUGGAGCAGGCAAUUAAAGAGGCUGGUGAUGUAGAGAGUACUUCCUGGAGUGUGUCCCAGUUAAAGGCUUAUUUUGGUUUAUCUGGAGGGUACAAUCUGUUUAACUUAGUAGAUCACUUCCACAGUCGAGGUCUGUACCGUUCAAUCUUUUUGAGCAUAAUGGAGGGGGAACAAUCUAUUCGACGAUUUUCUCCUGAAGUAAUGGUACAGGACCCCAACAUUAAAAAUGCAGUCUCUCUCCUACCUCCUGUUGUCCUUUUUCAUGGCACUGGAGAUUAUUCCAUUCCAUCAGAUGCCAGCAAGAAUUUCGCAGGCACACUUCAAAGACUUGGUGGGAAAGCUGAAUCAAUUUUGUAUGAUGGACGGACUCACACAGAUAUUUUCGUGCAGGAUCCAAUGAGAGGAGGAAAAGAUCAAAUGUUUGAAGAUAUAGUCGCUCGUAUUCAUGCUGGAGAUUCAGAGGCCCUCGCCAACGACGCAGUCGCACCUCCAAGAAAACGACUUGUACCCGAGUUUAUGUUGAAGUUAGCAAAUAGUGUCAGCCCAUUUUAGCCUCUUUUUUUUUUUCAGAUCAGCUUACCGAUAGCCCAAUUCCAUUAUUUUCUUGACCUAUUAAUCCAUUCAUUGUUGUACAUAUCACGAAAAAUAGAGUAGUAAUUCUUGAAAUUUAAAUUUCUUAUGAAGAAAGAGAGAGAGAACAACUGGAAUGUGAUGCAGUAGCAAAAUGUAUCUUUUCCCGUUUUGUGAAUACGAAAUUCUUUUCCUGUUGUUCAAACGAAUUAUCUUUCAGUUUUUUUUUUUU